GAAGCAGGCGGGGAGGAGUCCGGUCCCGGACAGGUCGGAGCCGUGGUUGGGCUGCCCGCGCUCUUGGGGGUCCCCCUCCUCGUCGGACCCCAUGGAGUUGGUGACGUUCAAGGAGGUGGCUGUGCACUUCACCAAGAAGGAGUGGGGCCUUUUGGACCCUCAUCAGAAGGAGCUGUACAAGGAGGUCAUGCUGGAGAAUGCCCGGAACUUGCUCUCCCUGGGACUUCCAGUUCCCAAAGAAGAUGCCAUCUCUUAUUUUGAGCAAAAGAAUAUACCAUGGAUGCUGGAUCAAGAAGGCCUGAGGAGCAGCUGUCCAGAAAAAGAGAUCAGAAUUGAAAUGAAAAAGACUACUGCAAAGCUAAGCCUUUCUGUGGAAGAAACUCACAAGCAAAGAUCAAUGAGUGAUGGUUCCUGUGACUUCACUUGCAGAGAAACCUAUACUGUACAACAGAGAAUCCACACUGGUGAGAAGCUUUAUGAAUGUGAUCGAUGCAGAAAGACAUUCACAAAGAACUCCCAUCUUGUUCAACAUCGGCGAAUCCACACUAGAGAGAAACCUUAUCAAUGUAAUCAAUGUGGGAAAACUUUCCAAAAGAAUAACAAACUUGCUGAACAUCAGAGAAUCCACACUGGAGAGAAACCUUAUGAAUGCAAUCAUUGUGGAAAGACAUUCACAAAGAGCUCCCAUCUUGUUCGACAUCAGAGGAUCCACACAGGAGAGAAACCUUAUGAAUGUAAUCAGUGUGGAAAGACAUUCACACAGAGCUCCAAUCUUGCUUUACAUGAGAGAAUCCACACUGGAGAGAAACCUUAUAAAUGUAAUCAAUGUGGAAAAGCUUUCAGGUACAGUUCUAAUCUUUCACUACAUCAGAGAAUCCACACUGGAGAGAAACCUUAUGAAUGUAAUCAAUGCAGAAAGACAUUCACACAGAGUUCUAGUCUUGCUCAACAUCAGAGAAUCCAUACUGGGGAGAAACCUUAUGAAUGUAAUCAAUGUGGAAAAACUUUUCUAAAGAGAAACAAGCUUACUGAACAUCAGAGAAUCCACACUGAAGGGAAACCAUACGAAUGUAAUCAAUGUGGAAAGACUUUCCGAUGGAGGAAGAGCAUUGCUGAUCACCAGAGAAUCCACACUGGAGAGAAACUUUAUGAAUGUAAUCAGUGUGGGAAAACCUUCAUAUGUAGGAAGAGUAUUAUUGUACAUCAGAGGAUCCAUACUGGAGAGAAGCCUUAUGGAUGUAAUCAGUGUGGAAAGGCAUUCACACUGCGCUCCAGUCUUACUGAACAUCAGAUGAUCCACACAGGAGAAAAACCUUAUGAAUGUAAUCUGUGUUUAAAAGCCUUCUUAAAGAAAAGCAAACUUGUUGAACAUCAGAGAAUCCACACUGGAGAGAAACCUUAUGAAUGUAACCAAUGUGGAAAAACUUUCAGAUGUAGGAGUAGUAUUGCUGUACAUCAGAGGAUCCACACUGGAGAGAAACCUUAUGAAUGUAAUCAAUGUGGAAAGGUUUUUACACAGAAGAUCAAUCUUAGUAUUCAUAAACAAAUCCACAGUGUAGAGAAAUCUUAUGAAUGUAUUCAAUGUGGAAAAACUUUCCUAAAGAAAAGCAAACUUGCUGAACAUCAGAGAAUCCACACUGGAGAGAAACCUUAUGUAUGUAAUCAAUGUGGAAAGGCAUUCACAAAGCGCUACCAUCUUGUUAGACAUCAGAAAAUCCACACUGGAGAGAAGCCUUAUGAAUGUAAUCAAUGUGGAAAGACUUUCACAGAGAGUUCCAUGCUUGCUGGACAUCAGAGAAUCCACACUGGAGAGAAAUCUUAUAAAUGUAAUCAAUGUGGAAAAGCUUUCAGGUAUAGCUCCAGUCUGGCUGGACAUCAGAGAAUCCACAGUGGAGAGAAACCUUAUGAAUGUAAUCAAUGUGGAAAGACUUUCAGAUGUAGGAAGAGUAUCAUUGAACAUCAGAGAAUACACACUGGAGACAAACCUUAUGAGUGUAAUCAAUGUGGAAAGCUUUUCAUAUUCAGCUCCAAUCUUGCUCAACACCAGAGAAUCCACACUGGAGAAAAACUUUAUGAAUGUUUUCAAUGUGGAAGAACAUUCACACAGAGUUCACAUCUUGUUCGACAUGAGAGAAUCCACAAUGAAGAGAAACCUUAUGAAUGUAAACAAUGUGGAAAAACUUUCAGAUGCAGGAGGAGUAUUGCUCUACAUCAGAGGAUUCACACUGGAGAGAAACCUUAUGAAUGUAAUCAAUGUGGAAAGGUUUUUACAGAAAAGACCAGUCUUACUAUACAUAAACGAAUCCACACUGUAGAAAAACCUUAUAAAUGUAUUCAUUGUGGAAAAACUUUCCCAAAGAAAAACAAACUUGCUGACCAUCAGAGAUUCCACACUAGAGAGAAACCUUUUGAAUGUAAUCAAUGUGGAAAGGGUUUUACACAGAUCUCCCAUCUUGUUAGACAUUAGAGAAUCCACACUAGAGAGAAACCUUAUGAAUGUAAUCAGUGUGGUAAAGCCUUCCAGCAAACGUCAGUCCUUCUUUCCCAUUAGAGAAUUCAUACUAGGUAGAAGUCUUAUUACUAACAUGAAGAAAUGUCAUUCAAAUGCAAUACAUAGCUUCUUAACAGAACUUUAUCUCUGGGUAAAAGCUGUAUAUGGACUAGUGUGGGAAGGUCUUCAACCAGUGAUCAUCUUUUACUUGACAUCAGAGCAUUCAUAUUGGAAAGAAGCCUUAUGAAUCUGUUCAAGGGGCCGUGCCUUUCCCUGGAAAAUUGAGGUCACUGGUGAGGGGUUAUAUUUUGUUACUGUGACAAGUAAAACUAAAUGCAUGGUAGCCUUAAAUUAGAAGCUUUAGCACCAGUCUUCGGGCAUUAAGCAAUUAUCAAAGCAUAGUAAAGAGAGAACACAUAGAGUUCAGAAAGUUAAGAAAAAGCCUAUCUACCCUAGAGUUCAGCCUGGACUCCUUCUUCUCCUUCCCUUGUGCCACUAUGUGGUUCCAGCCACAAAAAAGAGAAAGAGCCAUAGAACCAGGGGCACUGCAUACUUCCUACAUCCCCCAGAAGAGGCCAUCCUUCAAGCUGAUUGGUUAGAUUUGUUCACUGGACUUGAGGGUGGGCUCUUUGAGUUCAAAGUCCUUAGCUUCUGAGAACAAUACCCUAUUGAGGUGUGGUUUCAAUUUAAUUAACUUUAAGUGAGUCAAUCAGCAGAGUCAGUCUCAAUUCAAUCUAUCUAGAUCAAUCUCCUCUGGUUGGGGUCUUUGGGCAUUGACAAAUCCCAUUAUUUUCUCACAUUCCCUGUGCUUUGUUAAGAAACAUGCUUUCCUUAAUGAAUCAACAUUACAGAUACUUAUGACUAACAACGUAAAGGGAAUGAAGAGAGAGAAAAGAAACAGAGUGACACAGUGACAGUAAACUAAAGGGGGCACUCCCCUUUAGUAGGUGAACAUUACAAAUAGUGUAAAACCUGAAAAUGUCCAUUUAAAUCUUUGGAAGUCUUUUCUCAGAUGAUUCUUGGGAUGUCCUCUGUCUGGGUGUGGUUGUAGAGUGAGUAAGGUGUGGAUGCUGAUGAUCAGCUAGAAAGCCUCAGCUGGAGAGUUUUGGGUGUGGUUGUAAAAUCUCUCAGGUGUUUCAUAUACUGAUAAUCAGCUGGAAAGUUUCCUACAAAAUUGAUCUUAACACAACUUUAAUUAGCUUUGUCAAUCACCAAA